AUGUGGAGUGAGUAUGUUACUCAAGCGAACAAGACCGGCGUUCCAGUGCUCAAUGGAAUCAAGAAGGUUGACCAGAUCAUUCGUUACUGUCGUCAAGCCGUCUGCAAGUCCGGAUGCAGCAUUCAUCUGACCAAGCUCCGGCGUAACCUCUUCGACGGCAACGGUGCCGGAUAUAUCGCAAUCACUUGGCGGGUGCUACCAAUGCCUAACAUCACCAGUCACAAAGAAGUAAUAAUCCGUGAAAAUGGCAAUAACUCCGGCCUAGGCGACAAUUUAUGGUCUCGAAUCAUUAGCUUCAAUCGCUUAAUCAAGGUCUUUUCAACACCACACAAUAGUAGCUUCGCUCGAAUCAUUUCGAGACACCGAAGUAACUUUGUAUAUGCUAUUCAAUUUAAGCAAAGAGAAGUAGGUAAUACAGACUACCUAAACUCGGUGAUGGAACAUCAGAAAGGAGGGAUCUGUGCUGUCUAA